AUGACAACGGGGAGAAGAAGAGGAGAACAUGGGGGAGAAGAAGAGGAGAACACGGGGGGAGAAGAAGAGGAGAAUGCAUGGGGGGAGAAGAAGAGGAGAACACAGGGGAGAAGAAGAGGAGAACACGGAAGGGGAGAAGAAGAGGAGAAUGCGGUGGGGAGAAGAAGAGGAGAAUGUGGGGGGGAGAAGAAGAAGAGAACGCGGGGGGGAGAAAAGAGGAGAACACAGGGGGAGAAGAAGAGGAAAACUCAGGGGGAGAAGAAGAGAAAAAUGCAGGGGGAGAAGAGGAGAACACAGAGGGAGAAGAGGAGAAUGCGGGGGGAAAGAGGAGAACACAGGGGGAGAAGAGGAGAACACAAGGGAGAAGAGGAGAACACAAGGGAGAAGAGGAGAACGUGGGAGGGAGAAGAGGAGAAUGCGAGGGGAGAGGAGGAGGAGAACACGGGGGGGUUAAGAAGAGGAGAACAUGGAGGGGUUAAGUAG